GUGACGACUCCUCUCGCUGUUUACGGAAAUAGGCGAGUGGUAACGAAUGGUCAAGCCAGCGCCAGCCAGACCACACACGUAAACAGUCCCUGCACACAGACAGCGGGGAAGCCUGACGUUGGUCGUCACUAUGGCAAAUACUGUGAUUCCCAUCGUGGACUUCGAGAAAUACGGGUUGCACAUCACUGAUCCAGGUUCUGUACGAAGCGAAGUUCUGGAAGACACCGCAAAUGGGAUAUGUGAUGCUUUCAGCACUGUUGGAUUUGUGUACCUGGUGAAUCAUGGAAUCGAACAGAGCAAGAUUGAUGUUAUGUUCCAAUCGUCUAAAGACUUUUUCAGUCAACCCACGGAAGUGAAAGAAACCUGUGCUAGAAACAAAAGUAUUGGCAACCAUGGGUGGGUUGGCUUGGAGGUAGAAAAGCUCAAUCCAGACAGACCGGCAGGUGACCUGAAAGAAUGUUUUAACUUUACACCAAGCGAAGAUGGUUGCUUCAGAAGAUGUGUUUUAACGUUUCAGUCCUGGCCAUCAGAUAGCUUCAGGUCAACCUUCUUCUCUUUCUUCAGUGAUUGCAAGCAGUUGUCCAUGAGAGUUCUGGACGUGUUGUCCAUUGGCCUAAAACUAGAGAAUAAGAAUUUCUUAAGCGAGUGUCACGACCUCAUAGGCAGGAAGGGCUGUCCAACCACUCUGAGAAGUCUGUACUACCCUCCUCUUUCUGAAUGUGUGAAAGCUGGCCAGGUACGCUGUGGAGAACAUUCUGACUAUGGUGCCAUAACUCUGUUGUUCCAAGAUGGUAUUGGAGGCUUAGAAGUGAUGAACACUGAUGACAUUUAUGUUCCUGCCCACCCUGUCCCCGGCGCCGUCUUGGUCAAUAUCGGUGACCUGAUGCAGCGAUGGACUGCAGAUAAGCUUAAAGCCACGAAACACAGGGUCCUGGUUCCUGAGGCAGAACUAAAGAAGCGCCAGAGUCGACAGUCCUUGGCAUUUUUUGUCCACCCAAAUGAUGAAGUUAUUAUAAGAUGCCUUGAUGGUUCAGAUAAAUAUGAACCCAUCUCGAGUAUUGAUUAUCUGAACUACAGGUUCAAUGUGACUUACUGAGAAUGACCUCAGAAUCCUCCAAGAAUAAGGGCCAUCUAUAUCCUGGGUAUGGAGGGACUCGAGGGAAGGUCCAUGGUAUUAAAACAUUUUGCUACAGAUCUUUGGUAUAUAGCUGAAUAUGGUGGCGGUCUAUAAUCGAGUCUGGGCCAGACAAUCUAGUGAUCAACAGCAUGAGCAACGAUCUAUGCAACUGGGAUACGAUGACGUGUCACCUAAGUGAGCGAGUCUGACCACCCGAUCCCAUUAGUCGCCUCUUACAAGCAUGGGUUACUGAAGAUUAAUUCUAACCCGGAUCUUCACAGGUCCGUAUUGGUAAGGACCCCUGCAGUUUGAAUAAAAGAAGCAUAGCAA